CUAGAAUGGAUACAAAUAAACACCCAGGUGAUUUGUCGUCAUUAGACAAAUUAAGAUUAUGCCAGUUUGAACUUUCACAGAGAAUAAAUUCUAUAUUAGAUGAGGAGGAGAAGAAAAUACACGUUGUAAAAUAUAUUAAUGAUAUUAUAUGCUCUAAUACUGAAGUAUAUUGCCCGGAUUUUCCAUUAGAUUUGGACUGGGUGAAUGUAGAACAGCCACUAUCACUUUCCAAACAUUUAAACAGAAAAAUUGUUGUACUGGAUUUCUUCACAUACUGUUGCAUCAACUGUAUGCACAUUCUUCCUGAUCUGCACAAUCUAGAAUUGAGAUUUCCAGAGAACAGGGAGUUAAUUGUUGUUGGUGUCCAUUCAGCAAAGUUUGAAAAUGAAAAAGUUUUAUCUAAUCUUAUGAGUGCUGUUCUUCGAUAUAAUAUUUCCCAUCCUGUGGUAAAUGAUCCACAGGGUUGGUUAUGGAAAGAACUUCAGGUAAUAUGCUGGCCAACACUUGUUAUUUUAGGUCCUCAAAGCCAAGUUCUUUUUACCCUGGUGGGAGAAGGUGAAAGAGAAUACUUGCAGCUAUUUUGUGAGACAGCUGUAGAAUAUUUUAGGAUGAGAGGAAGUAUCAUUUCUUCACCUGUGCCUGUUAAGCUUUUGCGUGAAUCUCUACCUGUUUCUCCUCUACUUUUUCCUGGUAAAGUCUGUGUAGAUGAUGUUGGCAAAAGAGUUGUAAUAGCAGAUUCUGGUCACCAUAGGAUUCUGAUAAUGAAUCGAGAAGGAGUAGUUGAGCAUGUGAUUGGAGGAAAAGAGCCAGGAUACAAAGAUGGUAAUUUUCUUCAGGCCAAAUUUAGAUCACCUCAAGGUAUUGUGUGGAAAAAUCCAAGCAUCGUAUAUGUUGCUGACACCGAGAAUCACCUUAUUCGAGAGAUUAACAUUUCAUUGAGAGUGGUUACAACUAUUGCUGGAACUGGCUAUCAAGGAACCGAUAAGGUUGGUGGAAAGCAAAAUAAGCAGCAGCCAAUCAGUUCUCCCUGGGACUUGUGUCUUGGAUGUAGUAUAGGCUCAGAAGUAAAAGAUGUUCUUUUUAUUGCCAUGGCAGGCAUGCAUCAAGUUUGGAUGCUUUUCCUUGAAAAUGCAAAAUGGUUAAAAGGGAGCUCCUACCAGAAAGGAACGUGUAUACGUUUUGCUGGAAGUGGUGAAGAAGUAAACUGUAACAAUAGUUAUCCUGAACGAGCAGGAUUUGCUCAGCCAUCGGGAAUCACUAUAGCACAAGAGGAAAAGCUUCAGUGUCUCUUUAUUGCUGACAGCGAAAGUUCAACAGUUCGUCAAAUUAUGCUUAAAGAUGGCGCUGUUAAGGCUGUUGUUGGAGGAGAAAGAGAUCCAAAGAACUUGUUUUCAUUUGGUGAUAAAGAUGGGAAAGGAAUUGAAGCCAAGUUGCAGCAUCCUUUGGGUGUAUCUUGGUGCUCUGUUAAGCAACUGCUGUAUGUUGCUGACAGUUACAACCAUAAAGUGAAAGUCAUUAACCCAUCAGCUAAGACAUGCACUACACUUGUUGGAAUGGGAAAAGCAGGCUAUAAUUCUAGAUUUAGAUUUAAUGAGGCAGAGUUUAAUGAACCUGGAGGCAUUUGUGUUACAGAUAGAGGAGAAACACUUCUAGUGGCUGAUACAAACAAUCAUGUCAUAAAGGUCAUAAAUUUAGUUGAUGACACUGUUUCUGAGCAUCCAGUUUUGAUUGUUUCUGAUGAAACAGACAGUUGUGAGCACCUAAAGUUACAAGAUAACUUCACUUUUACCAGUUCAUCUUUUUGGGACACUGCAUGUAUUAUACAUAUUCCAACUGUAGAGAUGAAGCAAGGUGGAGUUCUGAUACUCAUGUUGGAUAUUCAUCUAGCUUCUGGAGUGUUUAUUAAUGAUGAAGCUCCAAACAAAUGGCAACUUAAUUUUUCAGAUUCAUCAAAAUUGACAGCACUUCAAAUGAAUGCUGAUAUUAAUAUUCCUAUCCAGUUAUCAGUGCCUGUAGAGCCUAGAACUAUAUCUCCUGUUAAAGUUGACGUUGAUGUUGAAGUUCAUUUGUUUCUGUGCAAGAAGGAACGUGGUGUAUGUUACACAAAAAUUGUUCUGUUCAAAGUGGUCAUUGUCAUUUGUAAAACAGGUCAGCUCGAAGCGAGUCUCAAUUUGAAAUGUUUGGUAGAAUAAAUGUUGAACAUGUGUAAGAAGAUAAAAAGAAAAAGUUUUCACAUUCAACUUUAGUUGUGGAGACAGCAAAUUCAAAGUUUAUAAGAUAUAUGUGUAUAUGUAUUCUCAGAUUUUGAUAGAUAUUGUCCCUAACUCUUAGAUUGGAAAGUAAAUAUUUAGUGGAUUUCAUGUAAUCAACUUACAACUAACAAUAUAUAAAAGAACAGUGGUGAGGGUAUGGUUGGUACAUCACGAUAAAGAAACAAGUAAUGAGACAUCAACAUGACAGAUGUCAUUGUUAGUACAAUAUGAUUGCAUAUCCAGGCACCAUAUAUCAAUAUAAUAGAUGCCAUUGUUGGUACAACAUAAUCAUAUAACCAGGUGUCACAUACCAAUGUAACAGAUGCCAUGAUUGGUAUAUUAUGGUCACAGAACUAGGUAUCACACAUCAACAUUACAUAUACCAUUGGCAAUGGAUUCAUGAUGGGGAAAAUGAAGUCUAAUAAUAAAGAUGAAGGCAGUUGACCAAACAUGAAAUAUUUUAGUUACAAAGUUUGAAUGUUUUG